AUGAUUGCACACAUCUCGGAUUCUCCUGCAAAUUACCCAGAAUCCCUUGCCACUGUUCAGCUCGCUUCAAGGAUUCAUCGAAUGAGAAAGAAAAAAUCCAAGUAUGCAUCAAGCUCUUCUGGAGGAGAGAGCUCCUGUGAAGAAGGCCGUUCUCGAAGGCCACCACACUUAAGACCCUUCCAUCCAAGGACGGUAGCACUUGAUCCAGACUUCCCUGGGUUGGGAAUGCAUAGUGAUCAUGACUAUUCCUCCAGUAGUGAACAGUCAUGUGACACCGUUAUCUAUGUUGGUCCCAAUGGAGCUGUUUUGUCUGACCAUGAGUUAACAGACAAUGAAGGUCCUCCAGAGUUUGUCCCCAUCAUACCUUCACUUCUUAAGAAAAGAAGCAAAGACAACAUAUCAAGCCUUCGAAGUGCUGAUAAUGAUCAUUUAAAAUGCAACACUUUUGCUGAGCUACAGGAGAGACUUGAGUGUAUUGAUGGCAGUGAGAAUCCCUCCAGAUUCCUUAAUGAAGAAGCUCUCUCAGUAGCUCUUUCUAAUAAAGCCAUGGAAAAUGCACACUCUAUGCCAGUACAGGAGAAACCACCAUAUUCUCCCAAAAAAGGCCAAGUCAGUACUAUUACUUCAUCUGCUUUUUCACUAAAUUGUUCAGGAUCGGAAACAAGUGCACCUCAUCUCAUAUCUGAUCAGCCUCAAGAACAUGCCAAAGCUGAAAGUAUAUAUAUGGACUGUUUCUCAAAUGGAGAUCAGCUGACAAUCACAGAAAGGCAGAAUUGCCCACUGUCAACUGCUGGCAAAAUUAAAGAGCAACCAAAACCAUUUGCUGAUUCAUCAGUGAGAGAAAAAAGCCUCCUAACAAGAAGACCUCUACCCAGUCCUGCACCACCACCUCCUCAGAUGAACUCACAUGUGACCUCAGAAUCAAGCAGUGGUGUCAGAACUCCUCCCAUUGGCAUGAGCAACUUAAGAUGUCAAGACAAGCACAAUUUACUAGGCAGCACACUCCCGGUUGUUAGUAGCACUCCCAAACCAUCUGGACCAGUUGAGGUACGCAGGUUUUGCUCAGCAGUAAAAAGCAAAGGUUUUGAUCGUGAUAUCUUAACCACCACAGUGACUUUGCAGAAGCCUGUUGAACUUAAUGGAGAAGAUGAACUUGUUUUCACUGUUGUAGAAGAGUUGUCUAUUGGUGGUAUUCUUGACAAUGGUAGACCUUCUAGCGUCAUUAGCUUUAACAGUGACUGCUCUCUGCAGGCCCUUGCUUCUGGGUCUAGGCCAGUCAGUAUUAUUAGCAGUAUUAAUGAUGAGUUUGAUGCCUACACAUCUCAGAUAUCUGCUGCUGGUGUCAACAUUGAUAUUGUGGUCCCCUUGGCAGAGGAUCAAUGCACAGUCAGCAGUCGACGCUCGUCCAUUAGUUCAUGGUUGAGUGAAGUCAGCAUUUGUACAAUUAGAAGCGAUGGAGCACAGAACUGUGACACUUUACUUCCUCAAAUGACUAAUAAAAGCAGUGAGAUUGUAGAUUGCCUGAAUCUGGAUACAGAGAACACAAAUGUUCAAAUGGACCAGAAUCUUAAAAAUUACCUUAACGAUAGUGGGUUUUGCUUCUCCGAAUUGGACAAUGACAGUAUAGGUUCUGGUCUGCUUUAUACUAGCAAUGAGAAGAGCCUUAAGACCUCUGAGCUAACCAAAGCUAUGCCAAGCAGUUAUCAAGCAACUAGCCAGACUAGAGCUUGUAGCACCCGGGGUACAUUAUCAUUUGACACAAUCCACUCUAGUCUUCCUCGGAAAAAUAAGUCUACCUCAUCUGUAACACACACUAGUGCAUUGAAUGGAAAGGAAGGCACUUUUGAGGACCCUUGGACAGCACGAAUGGAUAAUUUCUUAGAAGGAAGGACUGAAAAUCAGCCACUUUCUGCAAAAUCUUCCAUUCUGGGUACAGACAAUCAAUUUAAACAGAGUUCAAAACUUGCACAAACUAGCACACCUAAGGCUCUGAAAUCACAGAUGACACUAGCAUGUUCACAACGGGUGGUGGAUGGCUGUGAAGUGGAUGCCAAAGCUCCCACCAAAAAGACAGAACCGCUUUCAAAAGUGCCACAGCUUAGGAGAGGUGCCACAACUCUAGGAGUUACAACAAACUACAGCUCUCAAACUGAACAUAGUACAAAAGGGGGAUCGGAUCCUGUUUUUUCUGAUAGUAGUUUAAAAUCAUCAGGUUCUAAGAAGAACUUGCCUCAAAAAGCAAGCAUGCUGCCAAGACCUGGUGGGACAGGACCCCCUGCACCCCCUGUACGGAAAUCAAGCUUAGACCAUAAAAAUAAUUCAUUAAAUUCAAACAGCCUUGGUAGGUUAGAAGAGUGUAGCAGAUCUGCUCUGAAUUUGAUAGAGGACAGCGAAACACAGGUCAACAAAGUAACUAAGAAUGACCAUUCACUACCCAAAGCCGUGUCCAGCUUAAAGAGUAAGUCCAAUAGAUCAGAAUAUGUCCAGCGCUAUGGAAGUCACAUGUCCCUGGAAAGAUGCGAUAGUGUAGCUUCCAUGGGUUCGAGAACUAGUGGGCCUCGUGACAACAGUAGUGGAAGUAGUAUUAACAAAGCAAACCGAACUGUACCAAGGCUUGGGGUUCCAUCUGCAUCCAGCACAGUUACCUCACCACCUUCCUGCAAUCCAAACACCAAAAACAACCAGGCUAAAAGUUCACUUUCUCAAAAAGCAACAACAAGUUUGACCAAGAACCGUAGUCUUUCAACCAAUGGCUCGAAGUCUCUUAGCUCUUCGGUGAAAUCUUUGAACCAGUCUAAUGGGUCUAAAAGUUCUGGCAUUCCUCCUAGUGGGAAAGCAGCUUCUAGAUCUGUACAGUGCAUCAGCAGCAAGUCUGCCAGAGGAACCAUUAUGGGGACUAAGCAAGCCUUAAGGGCAGCUAACAACCGGGUCAAUGAGUUGGCAUCUGGAAGCUCUGGCAAAAUAGGUCACCUUCGGGGAUCUACUGACUCUGACAGUGGAAAUGACAGCGGUGUAAACCUUAGUGAUGAGAAAUCACAAACACCUGUUUUGCCAUCACCUUAUAGCAAGAUAACAGCCCCAAGGAGGCCACAGAGAUACAGCAGUGGUCAUGGCAGUGAUAACAGCAGUGUUCUCAGUGGGGAGCUGCCCCCAGCAAUGGGUAGGACAGCCCUGUUCUAUCACAGUGGGAGCAGUGGCUAUGAGAGCAUGAUCCGCGAUAGUGAAGCCACAGGGAGUGCGUCUUCAGCUCAUGACUCAGUGAGCGAAAGUGGAAUGUCAUCAUCUGGGCGGUUGAGGAGCUUAAAAUCUCCAAAGAAAAGAGGACUUCAACGCCGAAGACUAAUACCAGCUCCGCUCCCUGAAGCCACAACAACUGGCAGGAAGAACAACGUCACUGGUCAGUGGGUCGACCUGCCACCUUUACCUGGCACUUUAAAAGAACCCUUUGAAAUUAAAGUCUAUGAGAUUGAUGAUGUUGAAAGAUUGCAGAGGCACCGACAUGAGGAAACAGAGACUUUUCAAGAUAUGGAAAAGGGCCUAAUGUACUUUAACACUAAACUGAAGGUUGCAGAAAGAAGACAACAGAGAAUUAGAGAUUUAAAGGCAAAGCAUGAGCUGUUAAAAGAAGAAUUGGAGGAGACCAAGACUCGAUUGAUGAUGGAUCCAAACAAGUGGAGAGGAGAGUUUGAGGUGGAUCCAUGCCUGGAGGAGGAAUCUCAGGAGUACCUAGAGGCACUGGAACAAGUCACAGAAGACCUAGAGCUCUGUGUUAAUGUAUGCAAAUCUCAUGUCAUGAUGGUGACCUGCUUCGAUAUUGGGAUGAUCACAGAUCAGCAAGAUGGAGGAAAAGAAGUGGAAGUCUGA